AUGAAGCGCGGCGCAGAGCGGCAACUAGCCAAAGACGACACUGAGGAGGAUCUUGAAGAUUCCAAUCCGGGCCAGGGAUUCAGGAAGGCAGAUGAUUCUACCUUGGCUGCCCGACCUAUCCGUGGCUUACCACGACGCUCCAUGGCGAGCACUCCAACUGGUUCACCCGUCGCGAAUGGCGCGUCAAAUUCAGAUGAACCAUCUACCCCCAAGUUGGGUGCAUUCUCCGGCUUCGGUUCACCACUGGCCAAGUCGCAGUCCUUCACAUUUACGCCUCCACCAACUUCACCGUCUUCGAAUCCUAUCCCUCCGUCGUCGCAGUCAUUCAAUCUGGGUUUUUCUUCAUCAUCUACACUAUUUUCUGGUUCACCCUUCUCUACUUCAUCCUCCACACCGACAGCGGCCCCCUCAGCCUCAUCAGCUACUAAAACUUUCGUGUCCUUACUAGGACCCCCAGCAUCAACAUCUUCAGGCAGUAGCUCGAAACCAGUUCCUCCUGCCCAACCUUUAUUCUCGUCUAAACCUGCAUCUGACCCCGCCGCAGAAACAGCUGCAGCUGACUCAGCCGCCUCCAAGUAUUACGCUGCUCUACGUGGGAUUAACGUGGCCUUCCUAUCCGCUCUGACCCAAGCUGUCGACGAAGACCCCUUCGUUGAUAUCGCGGAUAUAUUGGAUCAAUACACUAAUUUGCGGGUUAGUGUACAAAAAGAUUACGAUUCAGCAACCAAACCGAAGCCGCCACCCGCACCAGCAGCAUCUUCAAUAGCCAUGCCCACCCCUCCCACCUCAUUCUUUGGGUUCGGUAGCUCUACUCCAAGUCCUGCGAGCUCGUCUACCACUACACCCUUGGGCGUCGGCUUCGUGCCCGACAUCAAAGCGGCUUCGAGUCGUCCAAGCGCUGGAGGUUUCACUUUCCCUCCAACUGUAGCCACCGCCGCCAGCUCAAAGGCAUCAGACGACGCGGGCGUACAGCUGAAGCCCACCCUGGAGUCAUCGGGCAGUUCUAAUGCGGGGUCAAUAUCUCUCUUUGGCACUGGCUCUACAUCCAAAUCGGCAACUUCCCUCUUCGGCACCACACAGUCUAAUCCUUUCGACCUUCCUAAGUCAGAUUCAAACAAGAAUUUUACCUUCGGUGCACCUCCUAAGGCGGAUACUGCUAAAGUAACCACAAGUUUAUUUGGUCAGCCUUCGUCGUCUUCAACCAGCCUCUUUGGAUCUUCCAGUGCCUCGACUGCCUCCUUAGUCAGUAGCUCAAAUCCCUUCGGUGCUCCUUCAGCCGGGGCGAGUAAAUUUGGAGGGUUCGGAGGGUUUGGCAAGCCUGCGGGCGCGGGUGGGAGCCUAGGAAACCCCGUUGGGUUCGGGUUCGGGAGCCCCCCAACUACGCCAGAUCUCGGAAGCUCAAGCAGCACGACGAGUAACUUCUUCGCGCAGCCGAAAGUUGAGGAAAAGAAGACUGAAAGUGGGGUUGAAGAAAGUAGCCAGGAGAGUGCUGCAGGCGAAGGUGGAGGCGGGGAGAGUCCCUCUGACCCGAGUAACUUGAUCGCAAGCAAGAAUCCUCAUGAUGAGGAAGGGGAGGGCGAGGAGGAUGAAGAGACAGUACAUGCAAUCAAGCUGAAAGCGUACAGAUUGACCAAGAAAGACCCCAAAGACGGCGGAGGUAGUGCAUGGAGUGAACUUGGCUAUGGCGUUCUUCGAGUCAAGACCCACAAGGAGUCGGGAGCGCGCCGACUCCUACUACGCAACAGUAGCACUGGUAAAAUUAACAUUAAUUUCAACUUAUAUACGGGUCUCAAACCCUCACUAACAAAGCGAACGAUCAUGUUUGUUGGACAUGAUCAAGGAGCUUCUGUCACUUAUAAUGUUCGCUUGCAGACGGAAGAGCAAGCGAAGGAGCUGAAAGAUGUGCUCGACAGGGAGAUAGCCUUCGUGAAGGCCAAAACUGGGUCCGAUUCGUGA